GCAGUCAGGAACAGAAGGAUGAGCGAGAACGGGAAGCAGGCGGCGGCAGCCAGUGACAGGGAGCAGUUCGUGGGCUUCUUCCCGCAGAUUGUCAAGGACCUGACAGAGGAUGAGCUCCACCAGGAAGAAGUGGCCGAUGCCGUCGCCAGGCUGAAGGAGGUCAUAGAAUACAAUGCCGUUGGAGGGAAAUAUAACCGGGGGCUGACUGUGAUGGCUGCCUUCCGGGAGCUCAUAGGGCCGGACCAGCAGGACCAGAAGAGCGGCCUUCGUGCUCUGGCCGUCGGCUGGUGCAUUGAACUGCUUCAGGCCUUUUUCUUGGUAGCAGAUGAUGUCAUGGAUUACUCAGAGACACGCCGGGGCCACCCUUGCUGGUACAGAAAGGAAGGAAUUGGCUUGGAUGCUGUGAACGAUGCUUUCUUGCUUGAGUCCAGCAUCUACCGGCUGCUGAAGCGAUACUGCCGGGGACAGCCGUACUACGUAAACCUGCUGGAGCUGUUUCUCCAGACAUCAUACCAGACUGAACUGGGGCAAGCCCUGGACCUGAUCACUGCACCCCCCUCUCAAGUGGAUCUGAACCGCUUCACAGAACAGAGGUACAAGGCUAUAGUAAAAUACAAGACGGCCUUUUAUUCCUUCUACCUCCCAGUGGCAGCUGCUAUGUACAUGGCUGGCAUAGAUAGUGAAGAAGAGCAUGCUCACGCCAGGACCAUCCUAAUGGAGAUGGGGGAGUUUUUCCAGAUCCAGGACGAUUUCCUUGACUGCUUCGGAGACCCCGAGAUGACAGGAAAGAUUGGGACGGACAUCCAAGACAACAAGUGCAGCUGGCUGGUGGUGCAAUGUUUAAAGCGGGCCUCAGCAGAACAGAGGCACGUCCUGGAGGAGAACUAUGGACAAAAGGACCUGGUCAAAGUGGCACGUGUGAAACAACUCUAUGAAGACUUGGGCCUGAAAGCUGCUUACCAGGACUAUGAGGAGAGCAGCUACCAGCGCUUGUCAGGCCUUAUUACCCAGCAUGCCGUCCACUUACCCCCUCAGAUCUUCCUUUGCCUCGGCCAGAAGAUUUACAAGAGGCAAAAGUGAUAGGCCUGCCCAUUGAAACCAGCCUGUGCUACCUGUUGUUGUCUUUUACUUGCCUGGACUUUAGGCAUCAGAUAGUAGGAAUACUGAGGGGUUUUUUUUACCUCAUGGGCUAAUGCAGUAAAAGGCUGGGAAAUGAGCAGUGGAGGAGGAAAUACCACAAAUGUAUCUCGAAACGUGGCUCCCACCCUCUGGUAGUGAUGGCCAGUUUCGUUUUGUUUUUGGUAGUUGUUUUUCUUCAGGGGAUGUGUAUACUUUAAUGUUUUGAAAAGCAGUUUUGGAAACCUCUCAACGUCUCAACCUGGGUGUGAGGGGAAAGAUCCAAGAAAUGUUCUUGCUCUUGGGAGAUUACACUUUUCAGGUUUCAUUAAGGAUGGUGGGAGAAGAAGACACCCCCGUUAUUGAAAGCAGGACGUGCCUGUCUUGAAUAGGCUGAUGUAAAAUCAGUUGGCCCAAACACCCGACCCCGAAAAAGAUUCCCUGUGUUGGUUUAUCAGUGGCAAUUAACGUCGUGGCUACCUCAUCCCGCCGGGCUUUUCUUCCUCUACUGUCUCUGCCCCAUCUCACCCCAGAGGUCACUCUUUUUUCUUCUUUUUUUUUACAAAACAAAGCCUUCGUAUUGAGCAUAUGGUGGGCGGUUUUGCAUUUUUGCAUCCUAAAUGCAGUUUAUUUUACCUCAGAGUAAGCUUUUCUGCCGUAAGCGGAGCAGCUAAUCUGUGUCAAGGAUUUUUCCUCCGCUAUAUGUAUGCCAGGAAGGGAGUAAGGCAGAUAAGUUCUCUUGUUUGGUUUUGGAGGACGGGAAAUAAAUAAAUUGUCCCCCACCCCCCAACCCUAAAUGUCUGGAGCAAGAGUUACUUUAGGAGUUUCCUGACACUUGGAGGAGGAGAAAUCUUCCACCAAGCUGCGCAUAAACAUGUUCCCUUUUGGGGGGUGAGGGGGGCAUUUGGAGAAAAGGCCCCCCUCCUCUUCUGCCCUGGAACAGUGUCCAGAGGUUGAAACUGUAGGUUUGGGGUGGGGUAGGGUGGAGGGAGCCGACACCCGUACAUGUUUGUCUCUGUUGUGUGUGCAGAGUGUCCUCCAUCAUAUUGGAACGAAUGUACAUGCAGGAGAAAAGAGUGUGUAGCAAUAAAUUAUU